UCGAGAGUCUCGUCGACUCUUCACCGAACUUCUGAGUCUUUGCAAUAUAGUACGGUCACUGAGAGACUUGUGAGACACACUACGCGUUCUAGGCUUCCAUUCACUCAGGCAACACCGCAUCCGGCCCAUGAUCGUCUAACCUCUCACUGCAGCCGGUCAUCCAACCUCCAGCCUCCAGGGCACUCAAACAACCUUGCUGGCAUUAUCUCCGCCAUAAACAUCCUCGAGCCUCGCUUUCCUUGCUCCCAAUCUUCUCUCCUCAGACACCACGUCUGCUCGCUACACAGCACCGCACCUCACCAUCACCCACCAUGGCGGCAGAACGGGCUCUUAUGACCGAAUUCAAGAGUCUGAGCAAGGAGACUUGGACCGAGAUCUCGCUCAUCAACGACAACAUCUUUGAGUGGUCGGUAGCGCUCAUCGUCCUCAACCCCGACUCGAUCUACUAUGGUGGCUACUAUAAAGCGCGGAUGACAUUCUCCAAGAACUACCCAUACGAGCCGCCGACUUUCGCCUUCACACGCCCACUCUGGCACCCAAACGUCUAUGUCGAUGGUCGUCUCUGCAUCUCCAUCCUGCACUCUCCCGGCGAGGACCUCAUGAGCGGGGAGGAUGCGGGUGAGCGCUGGUCGCCAGUACAGCGUGUGGAGAGUGUAUUGAUCUCAGUUCUGUCAUUACUGGACGACGCGGAGUGCAGCUCACCCGCUAACGUAGACGCUGGUGUGCAAUUGAGGCAAGACCCGGAGGGCUACAAGAGGCGUGUGGCUGCGGACAGAGAGAACAGCAAGCAAGACAUUCCCGAAGGCUUCCAGAUGCCUACACACGAGACUGCGUUUAAGAAGGAGGAAGUGGAAAAAGACAUGAGCUGGAGCGACAGCGAGGUAGAGGACGACUUCGACGACGAUAGUGAUGACGACGAGGAGAUGUUUGACGAGAAUGAGGGUACGGAUGAGGAGGAAGAUGAGGAAUGAUCUGCUUGACUGCGGCUCGGUUCACGAAACGCUUCUCCAGCCCCUCGACUGGCUAUUGCGCUGCAUUGAGGACAUGCAGAUACUCGGUGCGCCACGACUUGGAGCGGAUUUAUGGUUAUAGCAGCAUCUUAGGCAUUGACUUCAGCGAGGAGUUCCGGCGCAGCUAUUGCAUCGCAUAAAGCGCGAGGCCGGUGACAGAUUUGUUUUAGGCAUCAGUGGCGAGACAUGAUCUCGCUCAUCGCUCGCCUCCAAAGUAAUAGAGACGAGUUCCUGCCACGGCGAUGGCUGUUGCUCCCAGCACAAUGGUAUCUAGGUAGUACACGAUCAUGGACAUUUCUCCAAU